UGUGUUUGGUAAUGGUGAGGGAAUCAAUUAAAAACUUUGACCAAUUUCUAUAAGAAGAGGGCCACCACCAUUUCAUCUCAUAUGUCACUAUCUGCAACGGCUAUCUUCUCUGCUCUGCUCAUCUCUCUCUCUCUCUCUCAGCUUGAGCAACGUUCAAAGUCAAGAAGCCGGUCGGGCUGCUCAGCAAGAUGAGGAGGUUCUUGAUACCCAUUACAGGGUUCUUGCUGCUGUGCAGCUUAAUGGCGGUUUCCGAAGCUAUGUACGUGAAGUACAAGGACCCGAAACAGCCCAUGGGUGCUAGGAUCAAGGACCUCAUGAAGAGGAUGACCCUCGCCGAGAAGAUCGGCCAAAUGACCCAGAUCGAACGCAUGGUUGCCGCCCCCGAUGUGAUGAAGAAUUACUUCAUUGGGAGUGUGUUGAGUGGAGGAGGAAGUGUUCCGGCCCCGAAGGCUUCUGCUGCGACUUGGGUGAAUGCAGUGAAUGAGAUCCAAAAGGGCUCCCUAUCGACCCGUCUCGGGAUUCCAAUGAUUUACGGGAUCGAUGCGGUGCACGGCCACAAUAAUGUCUACAAUGCCACCAUCUUCCCUCACAACGUCGGGCUUGGUGUCACAAGGGAUCCUGCACUGAUCAAGAAGAUCGGAGAAGCAACAGCUCUCGAAGUCAGAGCGACAGGGAUCCCUUAUGUUUUUGCUCCGUGUAUUGCGGUCUGCCGGGACCCGAGAUGGGGCCGAUGCUACGAGAGCUACAGCGAGGACCAUACGAUCGUGCAGAAGAUGACUCAGAUAAUCCCGGGUUUGCAAGGAGAGAUCCCAGCUAAUGCUCGAAAGGGCGUCCCCUUUGUUGACGGAAAGGACAAGGUUGCGGCAUGUGCCAAGCACUACGUUGGAGAUGGUGGGACUACAAGAGGCAUAAAUGAGAACAACACCGUGAUCAGCUUAGAAGGGCUCAUGAGCAUCCACAUGCCCGCGUACUAUGAUUCCAUCAUCAAGGGAGUGGCCACAGUUAUGGUCUCCUACUCGAGCUGGAAUGGGCAGAAGAUGCACGCUAAUCAGGCUCUCGUCACUGGAUAUCUUAAGAACAAGCUCAAAUUCAAGGGAUUUGUGAUUUCAGACUGGGAGGGUAUCGACAGGAUCACAUCGCCUCCCCACGCAAACUACUCAUACUCGGUUCAGGCCGGAGUUAGUGCCGGGAUCGACAUGAUCAUGGUUCCGAACAACUUCAUGGAAUUCAUCAAUAUCCUGACCGAUCAGGUGAACAAGAAGAUCAUCCCCAUGAGCAGGAUCGACGAUGCAGUCAGAAGGAUCCUGAGGGUUAAAUUCACCAUGGGGCUUUUCGAGAACCCGUUGGCAGAUCUCAGUUUUGCCAAUCAACUGGGAAGUCAGGAACAUAGAGAAUUGGCAAAGGAAGCUGUAAGGAAAUCACUGGUGCUCCUGAAGAAUGGGAAAUCCGCCUCUAAGCCUUUGAUUCCUCUUCCAAAGAAAGCCCUGAAGAUACUCGUGGCAGGAAGUCAUGCCGAUAACUUGGGAUACCAAUGUGGAGGCUGGACUAUUACAUGGCAAGGCCAAGGGGGCAACGAUAUCACUUCCGGAACUACGAUCCUCGGAGCAAUAAAGAACACAGUUCAUCCGAGCACUCAAGUGGUCUACAAUGAGAACCCUGAUGCAAACUUUGUCACGUCAAACAAGUUUUCAUAUGCUGUCGUGGUCGUGGGCGAGCCACCAUAUGCAGAGACUAACGGCGACAGCACGAACCUGACCAUCUCUGAACCUGGCCCAAGUACCAUAGAAAAUGUCUGUGGGGCUGUCAGGUGUGUGGUCGUCAUUGUCUCGGGCCGCCCGGUGGUUAUUGAGCCUUAUGUCUCAAAGAUAGAUGCCCUUGUGGCUGCCUGGCUUCCCGGAACAGAAGGGCAGGGAGUAGCAGAUGUCCUCUUUGGGGAUUACGGCUUCACAGGGAAGCUUGCAAGGACGUGGUUCAAGAGUGUGGAUCAGCUUCCCAUGAAUGUUGGCGAUGAUCACUACGACCCUCUUUUCCCCUUCGGGUUCGGACUCACAACUAAGGGUGUCAAGAAGGACUAAAGAAGCCAAGCAAACAAUCCACGAAUUUUUUAGUAGUAUUACUCUUUCCCUCCCAUGGAGGAGCUCAUUGUGGGUAGGCGUCUGAUUAUUUUUACUUCGAUUACAGGAGAUAUAAUUAGUUAACAGUGGGAAGGUCCGAUGGUCGUCCAUUGGGGGUAGGCGUCUGAUUAUUUUUACUUCGAUUACAGGAGAUAUAAUUAGUUAACAGUGGGAAGGUCCGAUGGUCGUCCAUUGGGAAAAUAUAGAGGAAAAUUAUUCAACAUUUAUGUUCCAUU